ACAUUCUAUCGAGAUCACCUGGCAGAAGAGCAGAGCUGGCUGGGCAUGUUGAGAGUCUGGGUGCAGUCACACCCCCUGCUGGUUCAGGUGUCAUCAUGUCUGUCAUUGUUCAUGAGAAUCGUAAAUCCCGUGCUAGCACUGGCUCUAUGAAUGUCUCUUUAUACCAUAAACUCUCUCAUCCAGAUUGCGUUUUAAAUCAUCUCAAUAACAUGCGCAAGCAACUUCUCUUCACCGAUGUGACUUUAUGGGCUGGAAAUCGGUCCUUCUCAUGUCACCGUGUGGUGCUGGCCGCCUGUAGUCACUACUUCGAGGCCAUGUUUAGCAAUGGAUUAAAAGAGAGCCUGGAUAAUGCUGUGAACUUUCACGAUAGUCUCCAUCCUGAGGUACUGGAACUUUUAAUAGAUUUUGCCUAUUCUUCAAAAAUUCUCAUAAAUGAGGAAAACGCUGAAUCCCUUUUAGAGGCCGGGGACAUGCUUCAGUUUCAUGAUAUACGUGAUGCGGCUGCAGAAUUUUUAGAGAAAAACCUCUACCCUUCGAAUUGUUUGGCAAUGAUGCUGCUCUCAGAUGCUCACCAAUGUCGUCGCUUAUACGAACUCUCUUUCCGAAUGUGCUUGGUCAACUUUGAAACCGUGCACGAUACCGAAGACUUUUACAAUAUCUCGAAAGAUAUGUUGCUCAGUUUGCUUUCCAGUGAUGAGUUAGAGAUCGAAGAUGAGCAGAUUGUCUUCAAAGCCUUGCUUCAAUGGGUAAAAUACGACUUGGACAGAAGGAAAGUCUAUUUUCCUGAAUUAUUAAAUAAUGUCCGACUGGCUUUACUCCCUUCUGAAUCACUCAAGGAAGCCAUAACUGGUGAAGAUUUAGUAAUGUCUGAUGAAAGGAGCAAGAUUAUUAUGGAUGAGGCUGUGCGUUGCAAGAGAAAAAUACUUCAGAACGAUGGAGUAGUAACUAGCCCAUGUGCUAAACCUCGGAAAGCCGGUCACACCUUGUUGAUCUUGGGUGGGCAGACUUUUAUGUGUGAUAAGAUCUACCAAGUUGAUCACAAGGCCAAGGAGAUCAUUCCUAAAGCUGACCUUCCAAGUCCAAGAAAAGAAUUUAGUGCUUGUGCAAUUGGCUGUAAGGUAUACGUAACUGGUGGAAGAGGAUCUGAGAACGGAGUAUCUAAAGAUGUCUGGGUUUACGAUACGGUCCACGAAGAAUGGUCAAAGGCAGCCCCGAUGCUCAUUGCUAGGUUUGGGCACGGCUCAGCAGAAUUGGAAAAUUGCUUGUAUGUAGUUGGUGGACAUACUGCAGUUGCUGGUAUUUUCCCUGCUUCUCCCUCAGUUUCAUUAAAGCAAGUGGAAAAGUAUGAUCCUUUAGCUAAUAAAUGGACAAUGAUGGCACCAUUAAGGGACGGUGUAAGCAAUGCAGCUGUGGUUAGUGCCAAACUAAAGCUUUUUGUAUUUGGUGGUACAAGCAUACAUAGAGAUCGUGUGUCUAAAGUGCAGUGCUACGACCCAGCUGAAAACAGGUGGACUAUAAAAGCAGAGUGCCCGCAACCAUGGCGCUAUACUGCUGCGGCAGUACUUGGGAGUCAGAUCUUUAUUAUGGGUGGUGACACUGAAUUCACAGCUGCUUCUGCUUAUCGGUUUGACUGUGAAACAAACCAGUGGACAAGAAUAGGGGAUAUGACCGCAAAACGUAUGUCAUGCCACGCUUUGGCAUCGGGUAAUAAACUGUAUGUGGUUGGCGGGUAUUUCGGGACACAAAGAUGUAAAACAUUAGACUGUUAUGAUCCAAUCUCCGAUUCAUGGAAUAGUAUCACAACUGUGCCCUAUUCGCUAAUACCUACUGCUUUUGUUAGCACCUGGAAACACUUGCCAACAUGAGACUUGUUUCAUGAAUCACAAAAAAGAUGCUGCGUUCCUUCCCUCUGUAUCUUGGAUGCGGAGAAGCCUCUGUUAACCUUUUUAAGAUGCUUGUAGGAGUCUAAAAAGAUUUUAACCCCAUUGAUCUAAAGUACAAAAGCAAAAUAAGAACUACAUUCUAGUUAACCUGGAAAUGUAUAUUGUAUAUGUUUAGUUUAAAACUCAAGCAUUAUUUCCCCUCUUUACAUAGAACUUUCUGCUGCUUUUGCAGUAAGGCACUAUGUUUCCUGAUACCAUCACCUUUCAGGCAAUAUACUCCAGCUAGUAUCCUGCACAAUUGUUCUAAUUUUUUUUUUUUUUUUGACUGUUUAAACCAUGUAGUGCCAUGGGUCAUAAACACAUUACAUUUAGGCUAGACAUUCUGUCACCAUUGUUUGAGUGUAUUUUUUAUGGAGCUCUACAGAUGUCCCUCUUCGUUGGCUCCAAAACAAACUUGCUUGGCUUCUAAUAAUGUACAUCUGAUUCCUCCAAAUAUACAAACAUUUCUCAAUAUGUGGCUUAAACAAACUGCAGAAAAAUUGGCACCAUUCAUAGUAUUUGAUCCAUGUGAAUCAUUGAAAUGUGUUGUCUCUACAGGAGCCAGAUUGUGGCACAGCAUUCUAAAUAUGACCAGUGACAUUUAUGGAGACAAGUCCAAAGGUUAAUCUGCUAGGCCCACAGUGUACUGUAGAUACACUUUCACUAACCCAGCUUCCAUACAUAGCAUCCAAGAAUUCACAGCUCUGAAAAUGAAAGAAGUAUUAUUGGGUGUGUUUUUCAACUUAUAUGGGUAAUAUAUGAAAAAAAAUCUACCAAAGAAAACACUUUUCCCAUGCAUCUUGUUUGUUUGGUUUGUUUUUUUCCCAAAGAAAGCUGGGAGUUUGGCGUUCUCUCUUUCAAACGAAUAGGAAAAUUAAUCAACAUAAAUAUUAAAUACCAUGUAAUGCACAACAAGCAAAGCCUUU